AUGGCACCUCUAUCAAUUGACCUCGAAGCCCCGAAUGGCACGAAAUACAGCCAGCCAACUGGCCUUUUUAUCAACAACGAAUUUGUUGAAUCCUCGGGCGGUUUGGUACUGACUUCAAUCGAUCCUGCGACUGAGAAAGUCAUUGCUACCGUUCAAGCAGCGAAUGAGGCUGAUGUAGACAAAGCUGUCCAGGCGGCGAAGGCGGCCCUCACCAAAGACACGUGGAAGCUGCUCCCAGGGUCGGACCGGGGGCUUCUCAUGUCGCGUCUUGCCAACCUCCUCGAGAAGAAGCGAGAGCUCUUUGCCACCAUUGAUGCGUGGGACAACGGAAAGUCAUACAAAGAAGCAAUUGAGGGCGACCUCGUGGAAGCAGUUGCUGUUAUUCGCUAUUAUGCCGGGUGGGCUGACAAGACUUUCGGUCAGACCAUCAGCACCACUCAUCAGAAAUAUGCCUAUACUAUUCGACAACCAAUUGGAGUCAUUGCUCAGAUCAUCCCUUGGAACUAUCCGCUUUGUAUGGCUAUUUGGAAGCUGGGACCAGCCCUCGCCUGCGGGAACACUGUUGUUCUCAAGCCUGCAGAGCAAACGCCUCUUAGCAUCCUUGUGCUUGCUGAGCUCAUCAAGGAAGCUGGGUUUCCUCCAGGCGUGGUCAAUAUUGUAAAUGGACCUGGAAGGGAAACUGGGUCUGCCUUAGUCAACCAUCCUUUGAUCGAUAAGAUUGCUUUUACGGGUUCUACUCAAACAGCAGUCAGUAUCAUGGGAGCAGCGGCCAAAACAUUGAAGAAUAUCACGCUUGAGACAGGCGGUAAAUCACCACUUCUUGUGUUUGAUGACGCAGAUCUGGAACAGGCUGUCAAGUGGUCUCAUUUUGGCAUCAUGUCGAACCAAGGUCAAAUUUGUACUGCCACCUCACGCAUCCUGGUUCAAGAGGGAAUUUACGACAAAUUCGUCAAGAGUUUUGUGGAAACUACCGAGUCUGUCAGCAAAGUAGGUUACCAGUGGUCCAAAGAUACCUAUCAAGGUCCUCUUGUAUCUAAGGCUCAACAUGAGCGCGUCCUUGAAUACCUCAGCAUUGGAAAGACCGAGGGUGCGGUCAUUGCAACUGGUGGACAUGCUGUCACAGUCGGGACCGAAGGAAAAGGUUUCUGGGUUGCUCCUACGGUGUUUACUGAUGUCAAACCCUCGAUGCGUGUUUUCCAGGAGGAAAUAUUCGGCCCAGUUGUGGUCAUCGCAACAUUCAAGACCGAGGAUGAGGCUAUCGCAUUGGCCAAUAAUACAAAAUACGGGCUUGGCUCUGCUCUAUUUACAACUGAUCUUGAGCGAGCCCACAGAGUUGCUCAGGAGAUCGACGCGGGAAUGGUUUGGGUGAAUAGCAGUCAAGAUUGUGAUCCAAGAGUUCCCUUUGGAGGCGUCAAGCAGAGUGGCAUUGGCAGAGAACUCGGCGAGGCUGGAUUAGAAGCCUAUACGCAGAUCAAGGCUGUCCAUGUAAACAUGGGGAACAGACUGUAA